GAUCCAAGCCCGGUUAGAGUCAGCCCAGUUCCCUAGUAUUAUUGUUGUUAUUAUCGAAGACUGAACUCGACAGAGAAAUUACACACCGGAAGAGAGAAACCCCAACGACGACGAGGGAGAGAAGGAAAGGAUCUCGUGCAGCUCGGCCAUGGCGAACCAGGGAUCCAAGAAGAUUGUGGAGAGGAACAGGAAGCGCAUGGAUCUCCUCUGGCGCAUAAUCCUCGUGUCCAACGUUAUUUACAUAGUAGUGAGGAUGGCUGUAAUGUACUCUUCUUUCACCUGGAAGCAUUGGAUUGGCCUCGUGGUGACAUCUGCUGCAUACUUUCUUUCAUACAAGCAACUCGCUAGUAUGACAAAGCCCGAAUAUUCUGACGCGGACAAUCGUGAACUUCUGAGUUCGGGUUAUGACUUGGCCACUGGUGGGCUUUCUGAAUAUAUAGAGGAUGUGAUAUACAUCACAGCAUUUGUGCAGCUUACGUCCAUUAUUUCUGGAAAAUUUUGGUGGACAUAUCUGGUGAUACCAGCUUUCGGUGGAUACAAGAUCUUUUUUCUGUUGAAAGGAACAUUCUUCGGUGGUGGUUCAGAGGGUGAAGUCGAAGAUGAGAAGUCUCGAAAGAAGAGGGAAAAAAUGGAGAAAAAGGCAUCUAGAGGGAAGAUGGUGAAAACCAGGACCCGUUGAUAUGACACAUACAUACCCCAUGCCUUGGAAGAGUAGGUUGGUUUCUCAUAUCAUAGCUGUCCAACUAGAGUGCAAGCUGUUGGCGAGUUUGCUAACAUGAAUGAUAUGAUUCAUGUAUCAUUUGAUCCGACAGCUAGCACAAAUGUCAACUAAUCUUUAAGUUAUGAUGAAUACCAGCAUUGGUAUUUGUAUAUUUCCUGACCCUUUUGGUUAUGUAAACCAACAAUGAGGCAUGGUAACCCAGACAUGUUAGUGACACAUUUGAGACUGAGUUUUUUCUUUUUCUUGGUAGAGAAUCUUGUCAUUUCGA